ACAAGCCAAAAUAGACACAGAAAUGGAAGAGUUUUUGUCUCUCAUUACUAUGAUUGUGUUGCUUCUUCUAGCUUCGUCUGGAUUUGGAAAAUGCAGCAGCGAUGUUUAUAGCAAGAGCGAUUUCCCGGAAGGUUUCGCUUUCGGAGCCGGGAUAUCUGCUUAUCAGUGGGAAGGAGCCGUUGAUGAAGACGGUAGGAAGCCUAGCGUCUGGGAUACUUUCCUUCACUCUCGUAAGAUGGAUAAUGGAGACAUAGCUUGUGAUGGAUACCACAAGUACAAGGAAGAUGUGCAGCUCAUGGCCGAAACUGGCUUACAUGCAUUCAGAUUCUCCAUCUCUUGGUCUAGACUUAUAUCUAAUGGAAGAGGUUCCAUUAACCCGAAAGGUCUACAGUUUUACAAGAAUUUCAUUCAAGAACUUGUCAAACAUGGAAUUGAGCCACAUGUUACACUCCAUCACUACGAUCAUCCUCAGUAUCUCGAGGAUGACUAUGGAGGCUGGAUCAACCGCAAAAUCAUCAAAGACUUUACUGCUUAUGCAGAUGUUUGCUUCAGAGAGUUUGGGAACCACGUCAAAUUCUGGACCACAAUUAACGAGGCUAAUAUAUUCAGUAUUGGAGGCUACAACGAUGGGAAUUCUCCGCCUGGUCGUUGCUCCUUUCCGGGCAGAAGCUGCUUGUUAGGGAACUCUUCCAUUGAAACAUAUAUUGUAGGCCAUAACUUGUUGCUCGCGCACGCCUCUGUUUCAAGACUAUAUAAGCAAAAGUACAAGGAUAUACAAGGAGGUUCUGUAGGCUUUAGUUUAUUUUCAAUGUAUUUUACUCCUUUUACAAGCUCCAAGGAUGAUAAAAUCGCAACGAAAAGAGCCAACGAUUUCUACCUCGGAUGGAUGCUUGAGCCUCUUAUAUAUGGAGACUAUCCCGAUGCGAUGAGAAAAACCAUUGGAUCACGACUGCCAGUUUUCUCAGAUGAAGAAUCAGAACAAGUUAAAGGCUCAUCUGACUUCAUAGGAGUCAUUCACUAUGUUACGGCUUCGGUCACACACAUCGAUAUCAACCCUUCUCUUUCGGGAAUCCCAGAUUUUAACUCAGACAUGGGCCAAUCUAUUAAUAUUGCAUCUAUGAGGACUGUUGUUUCUCCAUGGGCUAUUGAAGGCAUCCUAGAGUAUAUAAAGCAGAGCUAUGGCAAUCCUCCUGUCUACAUUCUUGAGAAUGGUAAAACAAUGACCCAAGAUUUGGAGCUGCAACAAAAGGACACACCAAGGAUUGAGUACUUAGAUGCUUACAUUGGUGCAGUGCUCAAAGCCGUUAGGAAUGGAUCAGAUACGAGAGGCUACUUUGUAUGGUCAUUUAUGGAUUUGUACGAGUUACUGGACGGAUACAAGAGUACUUUUGGAUUGUACUCUGUCAAUUUCAGCGAUCCCCAUCUCAAGAGAUCUCCCAAACUCUCUGCUCAUUGGUACUCAGGUUUUCUCAAGGGAAAUAACACCUUUCUUGCUUCCCAAGGCAUAACGCAAUUGCAUAGCAACUUCUCUUCUUCCUCAUAAUACUAGCUAGUGUUGCUAUUAAUUAUGGUGUAUCCGGUUCAGUUUAUAGUCAGAUUCUUGAAUAAAGAGUAUGUAUAAUA